UCUUCAUCUGAGUCUUUAUUGCUAUUAGGCCUGAAAGGCUUUCUGUUUUUAGCCUGUGUGUUUCAAAGGCCUGAGAUGGGUUCUUGCUGUUACAUCCUCGAUUCCCUGGAGGAAUUUAAGGCUAUUACAGCUAUGUUGUACCUUUUGGUUUGCCUAUUGGGUUUGGAUUCUUCCUCUCGGAGUCAUUUCAUAAAAGGCCCCAGGCUUCUUUGUCAUUCCGGUUUCUGCAGCAAUCUGCAACACUACAUGUGAAGAACAAGUGAGACAGUGUGGUGUGUUUAACGGUUGAAUAGGGAGGAACAGAAGAAACACUUAGAUUUGGUGCGACUGUUUUCAUAAUAGCAGCAUCAACAUCUAGUGCAAGUAGGAGCCCAUUACACAUGGAAGCUGCAACCUGUAACUUAAUUCCGUACCCAGCACCUCUAGCUACAUAUGAGGUGGUUGCAGCUAAUCCAAAGCUGUUCAUGUCAACUUUGGAAAUGCUUCACGCUGCAAUGGGAACCAAGUUUAUGAUCCCUAUAAUAGGAGGAAAAGAGUUAGACUUGCAUCGACUGUUUGUGGAGGUAACUUCCCGUGGUGGUAUGGCAAAGAUCGUUAGAGAUAGAAGAUGGAAGGAAGUUACAGCUGUAUUCAACUUCCCCUCCACAGCUACAAAUGCUUCUUUUGUGCUGCGAAAAUAUUAUAAUUCAUUGCUUCUCCACUAUGAGCAAAUUUACUAUUUCAAAGCUCAAGCAUGGAAUCCGCUCGCAUCAGAUAUAUCACAGAACCCUAACAUGACACCUGGUCCAGCUCCACGGGGAGGAACCAAACGAAAAUCAACUGAAGCUCAGACACCUUUGCUUCAGCAGCCACAGAUCAUCCCAGAGAUUCCUGGAGCCGGGACACCAGCAAUGCCAGACAAUGAUACUGUGUCAGGGACUAUAGAUGGGAAAUUCGAUAGUGGUUAUCUUGUUACAGUCACUAAAGGAACACAGACGUUAAGAGGUGUACUGUAUCAGAUUGCAGAGAACCCAGUAAUUCUGCAAGGCCCACCGAAUUAUAGCUUGGUGGUCAGCACAAACAACAGUGCCUCAGCUGUACCUGUUCCCCAUCGUCGUCGCCGGAGGAAGAAAUCUGAGAUAAAAAGGAGGGAUCCUGCUCACCCAAAACCGAACAGAAGUGGGUAUAACUUUUUCUUUGCCGAACAGCAUGCAAGGUUGAAGCCACUUCAUCCGGGGAAGGAUAGAGAGAUAAGUAGAAUGAUAGGCGAACUCUGGAACAAAUUGAAGGAGUCUGAUAAAGGAGUAUAUCAAGAGAAAGCAGUGAAAGAUAAGGAGAGGUACCGAUUAGAAAUGGAGGAAUACCGGGAGACAUUGAAGGCAGCUCAAGUCAUCAGUGAUGCAGUCCCACUACAGCAGAGGUAUCCUGAAGCAGAUGCUAGUUUGCCAGAAUCAGAAUCAAAGAUUGAAGAAAAUGAGCCUGGAGAGUCUCCAGAAACUGCAGAUGAAAGUAGUGAGAGUAGUUUUAGCGAAUCAGAGAAGUGAUCUCCAAGGUAAUCAGUGCAAGAAUGAUGUGGUUGUAGAGGCAUCUAUAGGAGUCGACUAAUUUUUUUUCUGAAGAUAUAUGCUGAUGAGGGUUCAUCCACCACAGUGGAGAGUAUAUCUGGUGGUGAAAAGAAGCCUGAGGUAGUAUUCUUACAGAGGAAUUUAAAAACCAUUAGCUAAUGAAGAAGGUUAAAUGUUUGUUUUAUGACAAAAGUAGGAUCAGACUUUUCAUUGCUUUUACAGUGUUUCUUGAGUAUUGUUCUACCCUUUGUUUUUCUUCGUCUUUGAAUUAUCUUUCUUUUUAGUUGUAAAA